AUGAAAUAUUUAUGGUAUUGUAAAAUUCGAACAUAUGCAACCUAUCGUCUAUACGGUAUAUCACCUUAUUCUAUUGUUUUGGUUUGCAUUGAUCGUUUAUAUCGAACAUCAAAAUAUAGUUCUUUACGAGAUAUUGCUACUCCACGUAUAGCUCGUAAAAUUGUAAUAACAAUUAUUCCAAUAUUUCUUUUUUAUUUUCAUAUUCUAUUUCAAUAUAAUAUAAUUUAUUCAAUAUGUCAUCCUUUAAUAUUUUCUUAUUAUCAUUUUCUUAGUUAUUUACUUUUAGUUUUUUAUUGUCUUUUACCACCUAUAUUGAUGUCGAUAUUUUCUAGUUGGACAUUAAUAUUAUUACAUCGUCAUCGUCAAAAACAAGAAAAAAAACUAUCCAUUAAGAAUAAUCUUACCAUAUAA